AAUUUGUCGGUUGUCGUUCUUGAUGCUCAGCCUGCUGAAAGAAAAAAAAAAGAAAACAAGGCAAUAAUCACGCGUACGAUUGAGUGACCUGCCAUUUUCCAUCUUGAUACUGCGGCACCCCUCUGAUGUGUUUGAGGUUAACAACACCCAUCAUAAUCGUCCUCGCAACAGCAAUAGCAACAAAGACACAAAGCAAGUCUAUGGGACAUACUGCAAUCAGUGACACCAUCUCUCUUUUUUUUCCGGCCAUCAACGAUUACUCACAAACCCCAGCAACAUCCGUCUCGACCGCCUGCGGAAUUACAGCAACCUGUCCUUUGUUGCUGAUAGUAACCACCAUAAGGAGCCGUGACAACCACCGGUGUUUGCUGUCCCAUCAUCGGCAUACCUGCAGGACUGUAAUAACCUGGAAAACAAAGCGCUCGAUUAUCAGCGAUCUGUCUCGGUGCUCGUUCUUUCUUUAUUGCAAUAAACUCUUUGGACAGCUUACCUGCGGGAGCGGGCGUGGCAUAAGUCAUUGGCAUGGGUUGGGGAUAAUACGGGGAUCCAGGCAUCAUUCCUGGAACUGGACGUCCAUAAGCUGGAUUCAUAGGCGUUAAUGACAUUGGUUGUAGCUAGAUUUUUCAAAUGUGAAAAUAAAAAAAUAAAAUAAAAAUUGAAAAGGAAA